GGUGGUUAAACUGGUUCUCCUAUUUUGAAAGUAAACAAAAUGGAAUUGACGGACGACGUCGUGUACUCGCUGAUUUUGUUAUUGUCGGUGCCCGUAGGAUCAGCAGUGAAACAUAUACCAUCACCCGAACUUAAAAAAGCCGUGUGUACCAUUAUUGGAAUCGUAGCCGCCUUUCUCACUAUAGGCGGCCACAUUUUACACCCCCUUUUCUCGAGUGUCGCAAGCAUUCUAGCUAUCAAAAUUGUGGGACCAAGGAAAUGCCACAUUUUUUUGUUUUUCGGGUGCUUCGGAUAUCUUGCCUUCUUUAGAACAUGUCAUUAUUUUGGAAUACCCAAAGUCUCGCCUAUAUCAAAUGCAGUCCAACUCUUCGUCACACUUAGGUUAAUAGGUCUUGGAUUUGAAAUCCAUGAUUCCUACCGGGAGUUAUCCAGUCAAGAGGGCUCCGCGGAAGAACGUCACCUCAGGAAGCAAUAUGUUUGCAUCGACCCAUCCAGUGUCGACAUGUUCCAGUAUGCGUUCUGCUUCAUAGGACAGUUUGCAGGUCCCUAUUACAAAUACAGGACCUACCAAGACAUGAUUUACUCUCCCAGGACCUCGGAGAUUCCCUCUAUGGGGCCCCUGAUACCUCGCCUUAAGCAACUUCCCUUGAUUGGAGUGACUUAUCUCUUCUUCUCGUAUUUCUUCAAUAUCCAGUACACACAGACAGAUGAAUUUUACGAACACCCGUUCUGGUUCCGACUCUUCUACAUGGUCCCCAUGUUUAUCAUUUUCCGGACCCGGCUGUACAUGGCCUGGAUUUUAUCUGAGUCCAUGUGUAUGACCAGCGGACUGGGAGCCUAUCCCGAAGCCAGUCAACCAAAGUGUGGCCAAGGGCCCACCGACUUGAAGAAGCUCCACGGAAGCUAUGAAUCCAAGGACUCUGUUGAGUAUAACUAUGAGACGAUACAUUCCCUGUCCAUCUACGGGUGCGAGCUGGGACGGACCACAAAGGAAGGCCUCAGGAGCUGGAAUAUGACCGUCCAGUACUGGCUGGCCACCUACUGUCAUCGCAGAGUACCUAACUCACUCAAAGCCUAUCGAGUUGCAAUAACCAUGACGGUGAGUGCGUUCUGGCACGGGAUAUACCCCGGCUACUACCUCAGCUUCCUGCUCGUGCCCGUCGUACUAAUGGCGGAGGACAAUAUGCGAGCAGCGUUCAGACACGGCUCGCAGCGAUGGAUCGAGAGCUUCGACUGGGCCUGCUGGUUCUUCAAGAUGCGCGCCUUUGACUACAUGUGUAUGGGAUUUCUACUUCUGAGGCUGGACUAUACGCUGCGUUACUGGAAGUCCAUAUACUUCCUUGGACAUGUCGUCACCGUUUUGUUUCUCAUAAUCGGAAUGUUGGUCAAGAAAAAAUCACCCACAAAUGUGGAUACUAGUAGUAAAAUGAAAGAGAAAGUGAAAUCAAAUUAAUAAUGACUUUGUUAAAUUUUAAUAAAAUUGUUUAUAUUUUUUUAA